AUGCUAAAGGUGUUGGACGCACUGUCACAGUUGCCGGAUGUCAGCUUAACAUACCUGAAGGAAAACUUCAACAGAUCUCUGGAUAAAGGUGUGGCAUAUUUAAAUAAUGUAACGGACAACUUUUGUCUGAUCGAGAGUAUAUGUCCGGCUAAUUACAGCUGCGAUCGCCAGCAAAAAGUCUGUGUGUAUGAGUAUGUGAACAGUGAAUGUUGUGAUGUUACCACUUCAACUGUUUAUGAUAGAUCAGGUGAACUUUUAUCCAUUACGAUCUCGAACCAAGAAGAUUCCGGUAUGAAAGUAUCAUCCAUCAUAGCCAUCUCUCUUUCUGUGUCGACUGCUGUUGUUAUUAUAGUGUCCGUGGUGGUGGUCUUUGUUCUACACAAACACAAACACAGAAAUAAGGUUGGGACUCUGCUUGAAGAUGGCAGCUAAACUCCGAUGUGUGGCGUUAAAAUCGUGAAACCUACGUCAUAUUAUUUUGUUAUUUGCUGCUUGUAAACAUGAAUUUGUUACCAUUAUGUUCCACUGUGUUAAUGCUAUUACAAUUGUUCUUUAAUCUGCUAUGAUAUGGAAGCUCUACCUGAAUAUCCAAACCAGCUUUUUAAUCUAUGACCUUGCUUUGUCUACUUUGCUAACAUUGAUCCCUAGCACUUCAAGCUAACCAUAAUAUCAAACUACAUACCCCAUAUACCCGAAUGGACGACGUGGUCGAAUGGUAGAGCGAGUACAUGUCCCAGGUUAGAGUCGUAGCGUGUACCUAGGUCCACCAGACCAUGAAGGGUACUUGACUUACGUUA